AUGCAUUUCAACAACGUUGGACUCCUGGCCACGGCCUUCCUGGCCUCCACAGCUACAGCGCUCCCCCGCAUUCCGCACCAUGGCGCGGUAGCCGCUGCCGGUGGGACCUCGGGUCCAUCCCAAGAGGGCGGAAACCUUAUGCAGAGAUCCGAGGAGAAGACUGCGAGUCAAGACAACGCUGAUUUUUUGCUUGACACUGUGGGCGGACAACUUGGGCGGAGAGCGGAGCAGAAGACGGCUAGUAAAGACAACGCUGAUUUUUUGCUCAAUCUUGGGGACGAGACGGAUAGUGAUUAUGAGAGCGAUUACGGUUACACUGGUCGUCGUCGUCGUCGUCGUCAUCACGUCGUGUCUACUCGUGAAACUGGUAACAGUCUGAUGCAAAGAUCGGAGCAGAAGACGGCUAGUAAAGACAACGCCGAUUUUUUGGUCAAUCUUGGGGACGAGACGGAUAGUGAUGAUGAGGGCGAUGACGGUUCCACUGGUCGUCGUCAUCACGUCGUGUCUACUCGUGACACUGGUAACAGUCUGAUGCAAAGAUCGGAGCAGAAGACGGCUAGUCAAGACAACGCCGAUUUUUUGGUCAAUUUUGGGGGCGAGACAGACAGUGAGGAUGAGGGCGAUGACGGUUUCAUCCUUCAUCGUUCUCGGGUGUCUAAUCGUGACAAUGGUGACGGUCUGAUACAGAGAUCGGAGCAGAAGACGGCGAGCAAAGACAACGCCGAUUUUCUUCUCAGUUCGGGGGGUGUACUGUGAUGAUAGCGGUGAUGAUAGCGAUGAUGAGGGCGAUGACGGUUUCAACUAUCGUCGUUCUCAGGUGUCUAAUCGUGGCAAUGGUGACGGUCUGAUACAGAGAUCGGAGCAGAAGACGGUGAGCAAAGACAACGCUGAUUCUUGGGGGCCCGGAUGGGGAUCUGGAUAUGGUGGAUAUGGU